AUGAAUCAAAGCUCAAAUCACACUCUAGUGAUCGACUUAAAAGAUGAUUUCGAUGACGAUCUUCCAUCGCUUUCCGAUAUAUUCCCAAGCAGGAGUGAUCGUGAUAUUGCCUCUCGUUAUAACGCACCCUCUUCCGAAAGCCACGCUCAGCGACCGGCCGCGUCGUUACUCCAGGCUCCCGAAAAUCGCUCGAACGACGAAGAGGGUGAAUCUAUUGUAGCAUCACGGUCCAGGGAGAAUAUCGCAAAAGUCCCCGAAAGACAAUUAGACUUCGACACGACUCGGUUUCUAGACGACAGUGAUUACGACAUCGUCAAAGAGUGCAAUGGGAUCCUCGACUCUACUAUCGCGAUAAAGCAGCGGUGUACCGCACUAAGGACGAGAAUACGGGAACUAAAAAUGACACUGAAGGCCAAACAAGCCGACCUCGACCGGAUCACCGUUCGACGUCACCAGGAGCUCUUAUCCUAUGACGAAUCUGCCAAAAAGGCACAAGACACGCUUCGAACGAAAGGGGCUAAACUGCGCGCGUGUAAACGCGAGAUUAAGUUACUACGCCGGCGUAACGAGCACCUAGCUGAAGAUCUGGAAGCCGCGAGUGAGGAUUUAGAGAGGACUAAGAAACAUCUGCAGUGUGAUAUCUGUACGGAUGCUUAUAAGAACGUUGUGACAAGGUGUGGUCACUCCUACUGUGCGGAAUGCCUGUCUACAUGGAUAGGGAAGUCUAACGCGAGCGACUUAAACUGCCCGACUGGCCAAUGGAAAGGAGGUUGCCCAAUGUGCCGGCGUGCUCUGGGAGCUGAGGAUGUCUGGCCUAUCUUCCUCGAGGCGGAAGACUCCCCUGUCGAAGCUGUGUGCGCAAAAAGUGACACUGAGUGA